UUUCCCCCUCUCUCUCCUUCCCGGGAGGGGCUUCUCCGGAGCUUGGGAACGGAGAGAGCCGGGCUUGGAUAGGAAGGAGAGACGGUCCUGCUUCCUUAAUAUGUACGGUGAUGUCACGAGCAGGAGUGUGUGUGAAUGCAAGGAGGGGGAGGGGGUGUGCAUGGGGCCCCCAGCGCGCAUGCCCGCUCUCUAGCAGCAGCAGCAGCUGCAGCAGCAGGAGCUGUGGCCAAAGACAUUGAAACAGUAAGAGACAUGGCUAGAGAUGGCGAGGGACGCGACCAGACACCUACUGGGGCUGCUGAGGCUGUUUUAAAAGAACGGGGGCCUUAAAAUUGAUCAACCAUCACGAAAAAAUAUAUAUAAAUCACACAAAAGAGAAAGCCCAACCAACCCCCCCGCCCCAAGCGCCUGAUCCUUUCCAUAGCGGGUGGAAUCCUGCAUGCCUCCAACGUGAAGACCUCCUAGGACUUUCCAACCACAGACCAGAUAGAUGUGGUGUCCACAAGCCUGCACGAAUAACAAUGAACGCGCAGCUGACGAUGGAGAACAUUGGCGAUCUGCACGGGGUGAGCCAUGAGCCGGUGCCAACCACGGCCGAUCUGAUGAGCAGCAGCCCCCAUCACAGGAGCUCGGUGGCCCAUCGCAGCAAUCAUUUGCCAGCCCAUCCUCGCUCCAUGGGCAUGGCUUCCAUCCUGGACGGUGGCGACUACCACCACCACCACCGGCCUCCUGACCACGCUCUGACAGGACCUCUGCAUCCCACCAUGACCAUGGCCUGCGAGACACCCCCCGGCAUGAGCAUGAGCAGCACCUACACCACAUUAACCCCUCUGCAACCGCUACCUCCCAUCUCCACCGUCUCGGACAAGUUCCCUCACCAUCACCACCACCACCACCACCACCAUCACCACCAGCGGAUCCCUGGGAAUGUGAGUGGCAGCUUCACCCUCAUGAGGGACGAGCGGGGUCUGGCUUCUAUGAACAAUCUCUACACCCCCUACCAUAAGGAUGUUACCGGCAUGGGGCAGAGCCUCUCCCCUUUGUCUGGAUCAGGCCUGGGGGGCAUCCACAACUCCCAGCAAGGGCUGCCUCAUUACGCUCACCCCAGUGCCCCCAUGCCUGCCGAGAAAAUGCUCACCCCGAACGGAUUCGAAGCCCACCACCCUGCCAUGCUGGGCAGGCAUGGGGACCAACAUCUUACCCCUACAUCCGCUGGCAUGGUGCCUAUCAAUGGGAUCCCGCAUCACCCUCAUGCCCACCUGAAUGCCCAGAGUCACGGGCAGAUUCUGGGCUCUGCCAGGGAACAAAACCCUUCUGUCACUGGUUCGCAGGUCAACAGUGGAAGUAAUUCAGGGCAAAUGGAAGAAAUCAAUACCAAAGAAGUAGCUCAGAGGAUCACCACCGAGCUCAAACGGUACAGCAUCCCCCAGGCUAUCUUCGCCCAGAGGGUGCUGUGCCGGUCUCAAGGGACCCUCUCAGACCUACUGAGGAACCCCAAGCCCUGGAGCAAACUCAAAUCCGGCCGGGAGACCUUUCGGAGGAUGUGGAAGUGGCUUCAGGAGCCAGAAUUCCAGAGAAUGUCUGCUCUCAGGCUAGCAGCAUGCAAGAGGAAAGAACAAGAACAUGGGAAAGAUAGAGGGAAUACACCCAAAAAGCCUCGGUUGGUCUUCACGGAUGUCCAGCGUCGAACUCUACAUGCAAUAUUCAAGGAAAAUAAGCGUCCAUCCAAAGAAUUACAAAUCACCAUUUCCCAGCAGCUAGGGUUGGAGCUGAGCACCGUCAGCAACUUUUUCAUGAAUGCACGGAGGAGGAGUCUGGAUAAGUGGCAAGACGAGGGAAGCUCCAAUUCAGGCAAUUCAUCAUCUUCAUCAAGCACUUGUACCAAAGCAUGAAGGAGUAACCACGAACUAAACCUCGGUGGAAAAGCUUUAAAAAUAAAUAAAUAAAUAAAGACCAGGACCUCAAGAUAGCAGGUUUAUACUUAGAACUAUUUGAAAAAAAAAAGUUAUUUAUAAGUCCAAAGAAACCAAAGACUUAUUUCACCUGCAUUUUGACUUUGUUCUGAGACACACACUUUAGUAGGACGACGACUUGGAAAAAAACAGAAAAGAAAGAAAAGAAACAAAACAAAAAACAGAGAGAAACGAAAGAAACCACUGGUCUUACACCUUCAUCCAUGAUCAUUUUCACCGUAUUUGGCUUGUUUAGUGGUUUGGAGCAUAGUGAUUUCUUGUCAUUGAAUGGACACCUUUUCAGAUAUGGCUCUUCAUUUCCACAGAUAUUGCCAUGAAGGUGUAUGGUGUAUCCGUACUGUGUACACACCAGUGGUUAGGGACUUAGUCAGGGCUCGUCUUCAGAAAGGGUUGUGCCAUAGCACAACCAACAUAGCAUGGAGUCGUCUGAAUUCAUUGAACGGUGGUGUGAUUUUUUGCUGUUUUAUCGUUUGAACUUCGCCAGUGCGACACCUGGAAACAAGUUCAAACUAGGCAAAGAAAUUUUGAAUGAUACCUAAACCAGUGCAUUCUCUUUGUUUGUUAAGGAAUGUUCAGAUUUUAAACAAGUGAAAUAAUAUUCCAUCCAUUAAAAAAAUCGACUAGCUACCAAAGAAUACAUUUAAUAUUAUAUUGCAGGUAUUUUAUUGCAAUGAUUUUAAUAUUCCAAAGCUAUUUUUACACAAAAUACUAUGUAGAGUUAUAGGUAGAAACUAAUCUAACUGUAUAACACACAAAACCUGUCAUCAAGACUGUUAUUUGCAAUUACUAAACCACUUUAAUAUUUGUUUCCAAGACUGGCAAGAAAGAAUGUCAUUUUAGGAGUCACAGUGUCAGAGCACAGGUGCUGAUAGUGGAAUCCUGCUUCCACCGAAGUCAGUGAGUUUUGCCAUUGGCUUCAAUAGGAGCAGGAUGUGGCUUUACAGCUGUGUGAAUGGCUGAUGUGAUAUUUGCCAUGUUUGCAUACUUUUAUUACACUGUCCCUCCUUGGCUGACAUUGCUGAAGGCUCAUCUGCUUGAAGGGUGUCAAAAGACCAUCUUUCCCUACCAAUGUAUUUUAUAUACAUCUCCCAGCCAGCAAUAUCCGCUAGAUUCCAAAUAUUAUAUUCCAUUCUAUUUAAUUCAUUUUGUACACAAAAAUUAAAAAUCUGAAUACAUUUACAGUGUCCGAUUCUGCCCCAUUGACACUGAAGUUUAUGGAUAAAAAGGCCGUUAAUGAGAAAAAGAGUUGAAGGAGACAUGUGAAGGAAUGUGCUUUUGGGACCAAAUUCUUUUUCGAAUGAAGAUUAUGGCAAAACUCCUGCUGACUUCAGGGGGAGCAGCUCCAAGAAGAUUACGUUUGUGCUUUUUUGCCCUUUUUUUUUGAGGGGGGUGGGUGAGGGGGCACAUCUUGAAGUCAAUAGCAAAACUUCUAUGGAGCUCUAUAAGAGUGGGAUAUGGCCCUUUGUUUUGUACCUGCUUACUAGGCUACAUUUUUAUUUCAGUACAUUCUUUCUUGCAUGUCUGUUAACCAGGAAAAUGCAUGAAAUAGUUUACAAUUUAUAGUUGAAAAGCUUUAAGUGCUCUGUUGCUAACAGAACUUUCAGAGGAAUGAAAUUGUUCCAUUCUUAUUGUGAUAAAAUCAGAAAGAAAGCAGUGCAACAUCUGCAUAUAAAAUUCUAGCGUAGAGGGGGAAAGAUUUUACAUGUGCCUGUUAGAUCUCUAACUGGUAUUUCAAAUUACUGUAGCAAAUCGCCAAAGCAUACCAAAUUCUAAAGUGAGCAAAUAUGCAGGUAUAUGUCCCAUUGCUAGAAUAAGAAAUCUGUAAUCUUUCUUAUACCUGUAGCUUAAAAAAAAAUCAAGGUAAACUAGAAUCCAACAUAUGUUAUCAUGGCAGGUUAUAUUUUCUUGUGAUAAAGUCCAAUUAAAAUGCUAAAGACUAAGAAAUUAAGCAACUUUUCAGCACCAUCUAUUUCCCAAGUUAACCAUGUUUGGUCAAGUUUCAGGCUAUCCAGUUAUAAUUACAAAUAGGUAUUUUAAAAUGCAACUGAAAUAUCUCCUUAUUAAAACAAUGUUGAAUGAGAACAGGAUGUUUGUCACUAAAUAUUUCUCAAUUUUUUUCCUAUGUUAAACUCCUUUUUAAAAAAACUGACAAUGCAAUUGUCUAAUGAAAUGUGUUCCAUGAAUAUUAGAGUCUCUAGUUUACCUUAAAUUCUAGCACGGUUUCUUUUAAAAAGCUCUGUUCCCAACUAGAUAUAAUUGAAGUGGAAAAGUUAAUAGGAAGACAUAACCUCACAUUUAAGGGAUCUUAUAAAUGCAGUCUCAUUAAUGUAAUAUUGAAGAGGACAACCAUAAUUAACAUUUUGCUUUCUCCAGGAAAACACUGCUUUGUAACUUACUUAUAGUUUAGAAAGAAAGCCUUAUUUAUUUAAAACUUGAGAAUUAAAAAAUGCAGGGAAAUUCAAAGUACAUUACCACAUUUUUUAGUAUUUCCAGUGUAAUGUGUCUUGAGACUAUUUGCUGAAACCAAAGAUAACUUUCAUACCAGCAUUGAAUUUGCACCCAAUAUGCAAUUUCAGGAUCUCUUGCUAUGUAUACACACACACACACACACACACACACACACACAAAUUGAUGCACAAGUUAAAGCCUAAAAGUGGUUUUCUUACAUCUGUUUAAGCAUGCUUUAACCUUUUUGUUUUUAUAAGCCAUUAAGAACAAAGUCACCCUUCCUGUAAGCAAUAUGCUAAUCACACUUUGAAUAUACAGAGAACACACACUUCUCUUUAGUUGGUUUCUAAAUAUGAAGCAAAAUAAAUAUGGAAACCUUCAUCCUGAUUAUAACGUUAUUUUAUCCCUCAGGAUACUGCUCCAUUGCACUGACUGAAGCAUAGACAGUAGAUCAUUUGAUGCACCCAGAUUCUUAUUAUUUCUUGUCUUUAGUAAUGGUCAUCCAUGAAGGUGAUUUUUUUUCCCCCAAAGUUGCACUUAAACUUCUACACAAAGGAUAAAAGCCUGGCCCCACUGAAGUCAAUGGGAGUCUUGCUACUGACUUCAGUGGGGUCAAGAUUUCACCCAAAGAUUUCCUGGAAGAAUGGAAGUUAGUAUUAGAAUAAAAAAUUACCACUGAGCCACUGGUUCAGGACCUAAGAGUGACAUGAAACAGUUCUGAAAGGAAGCAAAGUGGGAAAAGUUUGGAAACAUCAAGAAAUUGGACUUCAGUCAAAGUUUAGUUAAACAGCUAUUGCGGGUUAGGAAUGUACACUCAGUUCCUGAAGUGCAUCCAAAAAUUACCAUAAUGACCCAAGAGAGGGGGUGUCAAAAAGGUUGAAAGUUUUAAUCCAUCCACAUCAUAAACUGCAUUAUCAGAUUUCCAGAAAAAAACAACACUGCUACUUUUUUGGCUCCCAUAUUGCUGUCCAAGGGCCUCAUCCUACAGUCCUUACUCAGGGUAAAAGCAAAAGUAAAAUGAAAACACCUACCAUGGGGGUUGUUGCCUAGCGUCUCAGUCCUGCUCAUUUUGAAGUCAACGGCAAAAUUCCAGUUGACCUCAAUGCACCAGAUUUCACCAUGCUUACCCAUGUUGAGUGGAAUCUUAUUCCAUGAGUAGUCUGUUGAAUUCAUUGGGAUUGCUUCUGGAGUUAUGUGCUACUCGGUAUUUGGCUUAUUGUGAGCAGGGUCAGGCCCUGAGAAGGACUUCAGAAUCAGGCUUCAACAUCAGUGGACAUUCUGCCCAAAGGGGACUUCCUGUCCUUGGAGGGCAAGAAAACAUGUCUGACCUUGUUAUACCAAAGAGUCCUAGGACACUUCUCCUCGCCCGAGUUGUAAAAAAGGUAUUUUUUCCCAGGAAAGGUGGUACUUCCACCUCCUUCUCUUUCUCCUAUCCUCCUCCUUCUUUGUACAUAAGGAUGAAAACUAUGCAUUUAGCAAACAAAGAGAAAGCACUUAUCCUUUUUCUAUCUAGCUGUGUUUAGGGUGCAUUCAAAGGCCCAGAGGCUAAUUUUGAGACUUUGCUUGGCCUUCUGGUUUAUUAUUGUGGUGUGGUUAGCUUUACAAUACAUUUGGUAACUAUUUCCUAGAGACAAAGAAGCAAAAGGUAAGGAAUAGCUACUUCCAUGUGUUUAAAAAAAAAAGUGUGUAAAGAUCUACUAUUUAUAGUGUGAACCAAAGACGCUACCUCACUCGAUUUCCAUUGGUGAUUUUAAUCACAUUGAUGAUACCAAAGAAUACCAAAGAUUUUUCAUGCACGGCCUUGGUCUGUAAAGGGAACUCAUUCUCCUUCUUAAAUACCCUCCACCAUUCCCCUUUCUCAAUCUUCACUCAGUGUGUAAACUUGUCUGCAUUCUUAAUAAUAAUAAUAAUCUUAUGAAUACUACUCUUACUACAACUGCUAUACUGAUGAUAAUGAUAAUAAUAAUAAUAAUAAAGCUCUAGGCAAACAUGUUGCAAACUUUGUAAACUCAUAGGACGAGUGCCUUGCUUGAACCAAAGUGUUAAACCGCUGUUGACCUCUUUAUCUCUCACCUUAUACUCUUUGAAUACCUCAGCCUGUUAGAAAGGCCACUAAUGAAAAAAAAAGGAAUAAUUCUUCACCGUGGUGCUUUUUGCCGUGCAACCAUGCAAUGAAACUUUCUUUGAUACCAAAGGAAAAUGUUUUUUUCCACUUUCUUGCUGACAAACCAAAGGUUCCUUCUUCUUUCCCCUUGAAAGCAGCUUGAGUCCCUCCACCCAGACAGGCCGUGCAUUGCUUUUACCAAUUUCUCCAAAUACCUCAUAGUAAUAAAUCGUUAGGGUUAUGUUGUAUAGAGAGUUUAUGUGAUAAGGCAGAACUUACUAGUUUGAUAAUUGUUAAGAUUACUUAGAAAAAGUUUUAUAACUCUUAUUUAUU